AUGAGACAAUUAGUCUCAACUACAUUGAGUACCAAAUGGAUGAGGGGGUGGAGUGGCGCAGCGAUAUCGCCGUGUAGCUCGACGGAGUUGUACUACUUGCCCAAGUUCGAAGAAGAAACCCCGAACAUCAUAGGACUGGCGGCUGAUAACCAGGAUCACCUCUCUAUCCUGCCGCCGGCAGUCGAAAAUUUUGAUGUCCAUUCCGCCAGCUUCACGCCGAAGAUCCAUGAAUACUGGUUCAACGAUCACGAACUUGAUCGAUUCCUUGAAAGCAUCCGUCCCAAUUCCCCGAGCUUGACUCAUCAGCAAGGCGGUCAUCAGCUCCUGAACCGGGACCAUUCUAACACCAAUUCUCCGGGCUUAACACAUGGAGAAGUCGGCCAUGAUCAGCUCGCGACCCGCGACUAUUCUAAUCCUAAUCCACCGAGCUCGACUGAUACGGAAGUUGGUCAUCGGAUCCAACAUCGGGAUUCUUUUCCUUCCGAUUCACCUACUACUCAUCAUUCAGCCCUCGGUAAUAUUGCCGCGACCUCUCAUGAAGAUGCCGAAACUACCCCUAGUGACCCCAUCCAAAAUCGGAAGCGAAAACUCGAUCGACUGGUAUCGGACCUGUAUAAAUCCAACCCGGUACAGAAUGAGGUCAAAGCGAAGCUCUUGGUGCAGGAUGAGGUCAAAACCAAGCGCUUGAUACGGAAUGAGCUCAAUACCAUGCGGUCGCGUCCUUCCAAAUGGAAAUUGAAACUAUUCGGCUGGGUAAGCACGCUGAAGUAUGCACCGGGUGGCCAGAAGGACAACGAGUCGAGAUUUAAAUAUGAUCUGGAGGGUAGUGAGGUGUGGAGAAAGCUGGGUGGUGAACAUGGCACUGCACCUGCUCUCCUCAAUUGGCUGAUUGGCUCAGGUGAGGUUUCCAAGCAACAAGCCGUGCGAAGGUUGAAGCUUCUAUUGAAGGAAAUUAGUACUCGCCACGGCGAACUUUUGUCAGUAUUUCUUCCGAUGACCUAUGGAAGGCCUUCCUUGAAGCGUAAAGCCCAUCUAAUAGGGACUGAAGAACAAACAAAUCUACUUAAUUGGUUUUUGCGCGAACUCGAAAUGAAAAAUCACUAUUCAUCAAACAUCAGACUUGAAGCCCCAGAAUUACAUCACGAUCUCUCACGACAUCUAUCAGGCAUCAUCCGUUAUCUCAGAAUUGACCCAGAUGUGACCAGAAAUAGCUCAUCCAGGUGGGAAGCUCGGCUCCCGGCGACAAGAAACAUUUCACCGCAACGGGUCAACAAGCACCAGGCUGAAACAACUCGAGCUGCCCUUAAUACCUUGGAGACAUACUACAAACUAACCAACCCGCACAAAUGGAAGCAGGUGUUCUUAGAAGAGGACAAGUUUCUCAAUCUAUUCAUCUCCCUUAAGAACGCUCAUCACCAUUGUAACUUUGGCAAAUCGCUUAAGAAGUCCAAAGAGUGGGCCACCUUGGCUAUCUUUCCUUGGCACGUGCCACUGGGCUUGGAACGUUCUACUGGCACCAAAUCAGCAUUGGACUCAAUUCACACGACUCUAAAACAUGUUAAUGUUGCUUCAAUCAACAAACACUUUGUAGAUUUGGAGCGUGUGAAUAAUCCGUUCAUCCAACCCACAGAAAAAAUGAGAAAUGAAUAG